AUGACUAUUGUGACUGCAAAUGUGGACGCAUUUGCAGGGGCUCGAGCCGCUGGGCAUUACCUCUUCCACGGUACCAGCCCGGAGAAUGCCAAGGCCAUCGCCGCCAACGGCUUCCGCCGAAUCAUGGCGGGCAGCAACGCGGGGACGGCCUUUGGAAGGGGCUGUUACUUUGCAGAAGCUUUAUCCAAAUCAGAUGAGUGUGCACAAUGCGAGGAGCAAGGGCAAUUCGUGAUCCUGCUCUGCCGCGUGGAAUUCCCAGCUCUGGCAGCGCUUUCAAAAUGCUUCCGCCGCUCUGGCGAGACGUCGAGGCCUUGGCGACCCCUGAUUGUGCUGGCAAUUUCAGUCUUGGAACACUAUGGGCGAGCAGUGACUGCUCGCCUCCACGUCAAACUGGAGGAGGGUGGUGCUAGGCCAAUUCACACCCAAUUUUAUCGCGCUUGGAGUCCCUAUGACUAUUGUGACUGCAAAUGUGGACGCAUUUGCAGGGGCUCGAGUGAGCCCUUAGGGGAGCUGACCCAAAGGCUCCGGAAGCCUUUGGUGGAGCAUUACCUCUUCCACGGCACCAGCCCGGAGAAUGCCAAGGCCAUCGCCGCCAACGGCUUCCGCCGAAUCAUGGCGGGCAGCAACGCGGGGACGGCCUUUGGAAGGGGCUGUUACUUUGCAGAAGCUUCAUCCAAAUCAGAUGAGUAUGCACAAUGCGACGAGCAAGGGCAAUUCGUGAUCCUGCUCUGCCGCGUGGAAUUCCCAGCUCUGGCAGCGCUUUCAAAAUGCUUCCGCCGCUCUGGAGAGACGUCGAGGAUCCGUCCCUGGUUGUACGCAGGUGCAGAUGUUGGAUGGCAAUCCAGAGACUGGCCACGUGAAAACCAGUCACUGGUGCUGCGGUCUAUGGCUCCAGGUGUGUCUGAAAAAAUGUGGUAUAGCCCGAAACCGUGGCAUUCAACGGUUUCCCAGCAAUUGGCAGCUGGGUCAUCAAAUCGCUGGCAUCCAGCAAUUUGAUGACCCAGCUGCCUCCACAUCAAACUGGAGGAGGGUGCCUGCUGCGUCCCGCCUGGUGGUAUUGUGCAGCUUUUACUUGAAUUCAACGCCGUUUCAAGUCCAAGUGGAAGAACCCUGACCGCUGCUGGUCUGAGCCCAGAUGCCAUUGCAUUCAAUUUGACAGGCCAAUUCACACCCAAUUUUAUCGCGCUUGGAGUCCCUAUGACUAUUGUGACUGCAAAUGUGGACGCAUUUGCAGGGGCUCGAGUGAGCCCUUAGGGGAGCUGACCCAAAGGCUCCGGAAGCCUUUGGUGGAGCAUUACCUCUUCCACGGCACCAGCCUGGAGAAUGCCAAGGCCAUCGCCGCCAACGGCUUCCGCCGAAUCAUGGCGGGCAGCAACGCGGGGACGGCCUUUGGAAGGGGCUGUUACUUUGCAGAAGCUUCAUCCAAAUCAGAUGAGUAUGCACAAUGCGACGAGCAAGGGCAAUUCGUGAUCCUGCUCUGCCGCGUGGAUCCCACGGUGGCCCUAACCUUGGCCGACGCCUUGCACGGGGACAGCUACGACUCUGCGUUGGCGGAGCGAGUUGGCUGAAGCCAAAAUUGGCUUGCCAGCUAGUACCAGAAUCUGGUGAAAAGGGCAGAUACUCGGAUGCUGUGAAA